AUCCUGUAGUGACCUGUAUUUAUUUCAAAGAAAAAAAAUAUUAAAAUAGUAAAAAUUAUGAAAAUUUUACAAUUUAAAAGAGUGAGAUGAUUUAAAAUUUUGUUGCUUUUCCUUUCUUUUGGUUUCUGUUCGAUUUUAUUUUAUUUUUAUAACGGCAAAUUUUUUAUUUGGUCCCAAACCCAAACAAUAAUGUUAGACCGUUAUACGAAUCUGGUAUUUUCAUUUGGAUUUGGUGUCAUACUAAUGUGUACUGUGCUAGUAGAUAUGUUUAUACAUCAAAAAUGGUUAGAAUCUAGACUAGAAAUAUCCGAUGACAUUUUCGAAGAAGGAGACGAUUAUGUAACAUUACUUCCAGAAUUUUUUGAUAAUCUUUGGCAACCUGAUCCUUACUUUCUCAAUUCAAAAAUAGCUGAAAUUGCCACUUUAACCCACAAAUUUACCUCGGUGACUUUGUAUAAAAAUAAAACCGUACGAUAUGCAGCACGUAUGCAUGCAAUUAUAGCCUGUCAAAUGGAAUUUCAAUUAUAUCCCAUGGACAUACAAGUGUGUCCCAUAUACAUAGAAAGUUUUUCCUCAAACAAUAAAAAGGUUAAACUACGUUGGUCCGACUCUGGUGUAACCCUUAAUCCUGAACUCAAACUUUUGCAAUACAACUUGGGCCAACCGUUGGAACUGGAGGAAAGUGAUGGUUAUAUGCCCGAAAAGGUGGGCAAUUUUUCACGUUUAACCGUUUACUUUCGCUUUGAACGUCAAAUUGGACAUCAUCUGAUACAAACUUUUGCACCCUCUUCUCUGGUGGUUAUGCUGUCUUGGUUUAGCUUUUGGCUGGGUCUCGAUGCCAUACCGGGAAGAGUUACACUAUUGGUUACUUGUAUGCUAACACUGGUGACUAUGUUUACCGGCUUAAGAGCAGAUAUACCACCUGUGGCCUAUGUUAAGGCUUUAGAUUUAUGGAUGGCCGGUUGUAUGGUAUCGGUAUUUGCGGCCUUAGCUGAAUUUGUAGUGGUUAAAGUUUUAGAUGUUCAAUAUCAAUAUCAGGUUAACAAAAUACCCAAAACGUUGCCAAUGGUAAGAAACAAAAAUAUAUGA